AUGCCAGACUCCAACUAUCAACCAGGCUGUAGCAAUGAAGCGGUAAAGAGGGAAGCAGACCACAGGAGGACAUGUACUAAAGGACACAGACAAUCCAGAAACUCAAUAGAAAGUCUCUACAGCCUCAAGAGUGGACAAAGCUCCUCCAGUGGAGUCACCAGUGGGUCAAACUGCUCCAGCAACAGAGAUAGUCUGAGGCUGGAGGAUGAGCCAACCUUCACAGGACAGUUCUGCUGCCAAGCAAGAGUCCAUACAGAGUUUGUGCCAAGUCCAUAUGACACAGAAUCCCUCACACUCAAGGUAGGAGAUGUAAUUGAUGUCAUUGCCAAGCCCCCCAUUGGAAUAUGGACCGGCUCACUGAACGGCCGGAUAGGAAACUUUAAGUUUAUUUAUGUGGACGUGCUGACACACAGCUCUGGCCCAAACCUGCACAAAGUGGGACAGAAAUCAAUGGUACAGGAAGUUUUAGAGGAAUCCUCCUCCGCCCUGCAGCUGAGUGGCUAUCAGACAGUAGAUGACCUGAUGACGCGGAGGGAGAGCAGCCUGAUGCAGCUGAAUGUCACUGAUCCAGGAGAGAGAGAACGGCUGAUUGCUGCUGUUAGCUCCCUGCAGCAACUCCACUCCGACUGUCUUCUGGAGAACGAAGCCCGUCCGGCGCCAGAAACGUCCAGUGAAGACAAGACUGGAGAUAUAAACAAUCCCAGAGACUCUGGUUGCCUCAUGGCAGAGGAUAGCGAACCUCACUCUCUCUCUGAAUGCGCUGCACCGUCAGAAAUAAAAGUAUCUUGAAGAGGUUCUUUUGCAAAUAAUCAUAAUGCUGGAGAAUUUAAAGCAAUUUUUAUGUGUGAGAUCUUUCACAUGAUCUGUAAAAUGAUUUAUCUGUAAUUAUGAUUUAAUGAAUAAAAGUUGUCCUCCCUGAAA